CUCAGCCAUAAAUAAUGAGAAACUACAGACAUUUAUAGCUAAAUGGAUGCAUAUUUUGGCAGGCCAGCAUUGUCCUCCACAUAUAAGAAUGUUCUCUCAACCCGCCCCUCCCCCUCUGCGCAGGCACGCGGCAGAGUCUCCCUGGAAACCAUCCCUGCUGUGUGUUUACAGCUCAGGGCACAGAGCUCAGCGGAAGGCGAGGCCCUGCGGUCCCGCCCCCUGUCAGCUCCCAGAAGGCAGCCUCUCCGGAACGGGGUCUGGCCCAGUCCGGCCGAACCCACAGGGAGCGAGCUGCCCUUCCCAAUGGACACGGUGCUGGCCACUGCACCCGUGGUCACCGUGUCCCCGGGUGACCCGGAGCUGCUGGGGCCCCUGUCGGUGCUGUACGCAGCCCUCGUGGCCCGGCUUCUGGAGCUAGUUGGUACUUUGCCUGAGGAUGUUCAGCCUGGACCUGAUUUUUAUGGGCUACCGUGGAAGCCUGUGCUUCUUCUGACUGCCUUCUUGGGAAUUGUUUCAUUUCUCAUUUUCUUUUGGAGAACUGUUCUUGCUGUAAAGGAGAGAAUCUAUCAAGUCACUGAACAGCAGAUUUCUGAAAAGGUGAAGAAUACCAUGAAGGAAAAUACAGAGCUUCUACAGAAAUUGUCAAAUUAUGAACAGAAGGUCAAGGAAUCAAAGAAGCUGGUUCAGAAUACCAAGAAAGAAAAUAUGAUUCUCUCUGAGGAAGCAAUUAAAUAUAAGGAUAAAAUCAAAGUACUUGAAAGAAAUAGUAAAAUUCUGGGUGACAAGGCUAAAAAGCUUCGUGUUAUGUUAGAAUCUGAGCGAGAACAGAAUGUGAAAAAUAAGGAUUGGAUGCCGGAAAAUAGGAAAUCUAUAGAGAAGUUAAAGGAUGUUAUUUCAGUGAAUCCCUCAGAAUUAUCAGAGGUCCAGAUUGCCCUGAAUGAAGGCAAGCUCAGUGAAGAGAAGGUGAAGUCUGAGUGCCAGCAGGUCCAAGAAGAAAAUGCCAGGCUGAAGAAGAAGAAAGCGCAGCUGAAGCAGGAAAUCGAAGACUGGAAGUGCCAUGCUGAGCUCAGAGAGCAGAUCAAGUCCUUGGAGAAGUCUCAGAGGGAACUGGAAGCCGCUCUGGCUCAUAAAGAUGAUAGUAUCUGGGCCCUGACCAAUUGCAUCCCACAGUUGAAUCGAUUAGAGUGCAGACCUGAGUCUGAGGAUCCAGGUCCAGGAGGAGCUGAGGCAGAUGAAUCAGCCAAUGGAGAAGGAGGAGGUGAGCAGAAUGAGAUGAAAACUCAGAUUAAGCAGAUGCUGGAUGUCUUCCAAACCCAGGCCGCAGUCUCACUGCUCCAGGAGGAUCUCAAAUUUUUACAAGCCAAGCUGAGAGCCUCAAUACUCAUCCAACAUGACCUGGAAGGGCAGAUAAAGAAGCUGGAGGAGGACUGCGGGGCGCUGCAGUCCUCCAAGACCGGGCUGGAGGAGGAGUGCAGGACGCUGCUGCAGAAGGUGGAGAUCCUGAAUGAGCUGUACCAGCAGGACAUGGCCCUGCAGAAGAAGCUGAGUCAGGAAGAGUAUGAGCUGCAGGAGCGCGACCAGCGGCUGUGGGCUGCAGAGAAGGUGGUGCUGGCCUCAGAGGAAGUUGUGUGCAAACGGAGAAUUUGACAACUGGAGGAAGAAUUACAGAAAACAGAGCGCUCCUUUCAAAACCAGCUUGAUACUCACGAGGGGAAGUCCCAUCAGAACCGGCUCAAAGCGCGCAGUGCAGAAAGGCGGAUCGCUGAGGAGAGAAGGGAAGCUGCUAACCUGAGGCACAAAUUGCUGGAAAUGACCCAGAAGAUGGAGAUUUUGGAGGAGGAGCCUGUGGUUGUCAAGCGGAGGCCUGGAGGACCUGGGGCCCAGAACCCUCCCCAGAGAGGUCCCCUGAGCCAGAAGGGCUCCUUCUGCUGGUCCCCAGUGAGCGUGAGCGAGUGCUCCCUGCCCCUGCUGAGAAGUGAAUUUGAUGCUGGACCCGGGCCUGGUCCCAUGAUGAGCAGCGGCUCCCAAGGCUCCUCCUCGGAGAAGGGCCUGAAUGAGCAUGAGCUCAAGGUUAACGUGGCCUUGAAGGGGCCCCCUGGUUUCCGAGCCACCAUUCAAGGGGGUCCUCUGCCACCACCUGUCGGAUGUGGACCACCGCCGCCCCCCUGCGGGCCUUUCGGACCUCGGCCAAUGCCUCCGCCACCUCCACCGUUCAUUCCCUGUUUGUACCCACCACUGGGCCUGAGGGAGUUCGCCCCAGGUAUCCUACCCAGAAGAGGAGACCUGCCUGGCCUCCCCCAGGGGGAGUACUUGCCAGGACCAGCACCGUUCAGGCCUCUGGUCCCGCUCGGCCCUAGAGAGUAUUUUCUUCCUGGUCCGAGAUUGCCACCACCACCUUCUGGCCCCCGGGGUUACCCACCACCACCUGCCGAAGGAGACUCGCUGCCCGCAGGCCCCAGAGGAGAGCAUGGGCCUUCCUCUCCACGCAGCAGCCGAGACUCCUCCAGGGCUCUGAGGCAGACCCGGUGACUGACUCCAGUCAGAAGGAAGCGGACUGCACUGUUCACAUGACAAAGGUUUUCAUCAGCUUUGAAAUCCAAAAGUUUCUUUUAAAAGGUUUUUAGUACUAAGCUGCCUUGGGCAGUGUGCAUUUUUGAGCCAAAGAAUUCAAAAGUCAUCUUCCCCUCUAAAAAUUCCCUCUUAAGCUCGAGUGUCCUUUCAACUUUGAAAUGUGCAAUAACAAUACCUGUGUUUUAGUUAAUGUAGCAUAUAUAAUUGCAAAAUGAUUCAGAAUGUCAUAAAAAAUGGCCAUUUCCUGUGGAAAUGCUUUAAGAACAUGUAUUUCCAUUGUCCUACUUUUAGUGUACCAACUGAAUACAGAGCAGUAGUGUUUAUAAGCUGGCCCGCACCUCUACCAUCCCCCUACCCUACCCCUGUUACUGGUAGAAAAGACUGCUCCUUAAAGGUGUUUACUCAAUGAUCAUAAACUUUACCUCCCCUC